UUGACAUCGCCAUAACAACGGCCUGCUUGAGUAUGCAUCUGCGGCCGCGUCGUCAUGGCAGACACAAUCCGCUGUCACCCGAAUGAGGAGCGAGCACAAACGACCCCAUUCAAGGAAAAUGACCCCGAGAGAUUAUAUCGAUACCACGGCUAGCUUGCAGGCUAACCUCGGCUAACACUGGGAGGCAGAUGCCUGUUAUGGCUACUGGAACAACAAGGGGGGGAAAAGCAAUAGCCCGAUUCAGCUGAAUCAUUAACGGAUAUAAAAAAGAUAUUCCCUGCAUGUUAAGAGCUUCACCUCUGGUUCCACGUGUGUGUUUCCCACCGCUGUGGCACUCGCUGUGUGUCUGCUGGUGGCUGGAGUUCAGCCCAUGGAGGACCCAGCAUAUGGGGUGAAGCUCUGUGGUCGUGAGUUCAUCCGGGCAGUCAUCUUUACUUGUGGGGGUUCACGAUGGAAGCGGUCACUCAGGAGCACAGAUGACUCAGAGGACCCGUUUAGCUCCCUUCAGGAUGAGUCCUUUGAAGGCUUGAGUCCCAACUCACUGGAGAGUCUUCUGCAAAGGAACAGAGAUCUAAGAGUCACACCUAGAGACAGCCAGGAAGGAGUGUUCAGCAGGACGGCACGCUCUUUCAUCACUGAGGAGAUCCUGGAGGCCCUGCGCAAGGCUGACCGCAAGGGCCGCGAUGUGGUGGUGGGUCUGUCCAAUGCCUGCUGCAAGUGGGGCUGCAGCAAGAGUGAGAUCAGCUCCCUAUGCUGAGAGUUGAUCUUCCCCAUCUGAGUUAAAUCACAGCGUAGCACAUUGUAUAUAUUAAUAUACAAACAGAUACAUAAAUACACACACUCAUCCUUUUUUUAAUGCACGUGAAUUCUAUAGCAUUUAUAUUAUUUUAUAGCCAGUGUCUUUCAGUAAAACCAUUAUAUGAGCUGUAAAAUAUGGUUCAUUUUUAGUAUCUGAACGGAAAGGGCUGUCGUGUUAAAAAAUGCUUUUCGGGCUUUGUGAUAAACAGCCUGAUGUAUUCAUUUUUUAAUUAAUUCAACUGAAUUUAUUGCAUUACUUUCUGAAUUGUGCACCGGAGAACUCAAGGGAAUAAAAUUCUUUGUUAGGAUCAUUUGACCACAGCAAAAUAGAAUGUCACUAGUGU